AGGAUGGACAGUGUGUCCACGCUGUGACACUCACACCGUGCAAGGAGGACCGCUCUCUUCGUGGGGGUCUUGUGUGAAAGGAUCGUCACAUUGAGUCGGGUGGACAAAAGUUGCGCUCUGUCAGUCAAAGUGGGGACCAGUCUGCCUGUCAGUCAAAGUGGGGGGUACACAAAUGUAAGGGGCGCAGUAGCCUCAGUAGUCUCAGGUGCAAACGAAGGAUGCAGAAGUCACCAGUGGAAGAUGUCAACUUCCUCUCCAGGUUCUGCUUCUGGUGGAUGUCCCCGCUGCUAAGGAAGGGCUUCAGGAAGAAAUUGGACCUGACUGAUGUUUACAAAGCUCCUUCUUAUGAUCUGGCCGGGAACCUGUCCGAGCGACUGGAAAGAGAAUGGGACAGAGAGGUGGUCUCAGCCAAGGACAAGCCCAGACUGAUGCGGGCGCUGGCUCGCUGCUUCCUUGGCCCGUUUGCCUUCUUUGGUGUCCUCCUCUACUUCGGGGAGGCCUCCAAGACGGUGCAGCCUCAGCUGCUGGGUCGCAUCAUCAGCUCCUUUGACCCCUUCCACGCACCGGAACGGAGCCAAGGCUACUUCCUGGCGCUGGGCCUCUGCCUGCUCUUUACGGCGCGCUUCCUGCUGCUGCAGCCAGCCCUCUUUGGCCUGCAUCACCUGGGUAUGCAGAUCCGUAUCGCCCUCUUCAGUCUAAUCUACAAGAAGACCCUGAAACUGUCCAGUAAGGUCCUGGAUAAAAUUAGUACAGGUCAGCUGGUGAGUCUGAUGUCAGCCCAUCUCAACAAGCUGGAUGAGAGCCUUGGCUUGGCCCAUUUCGUAUGGAUCACACCGCUGCAGUGUAUCCUGUGUGUGGGUCUGAUUUGGGAACUGAUCGAGGUGAACGGCUUCUGUGCGCUGGCAGCUCUCACACUACUCGGCAUUAUCCAGGCCUGCCUCUCCCAGAAGAUGGGACCUCACCGGGUGAAGCGUGCAGGGAUGAUCAACCGCCGCUUGGCUCUCACCUCAGAGAUUGUGGAGAACAUCCACUCAGUGAAGGCGUACGGCUGGGAGGAAGUGAUGGAGACCAUCAUCAAGAACAUCAGACAGGAUGAGAUGACCCUGACCAGGAAGAUCGGGUCUUUGCGUUACUUCUACAGCGCCGCAUACUUCUUCUCCGCCAUCUUGGUCAUCGUCUCUGCCAUUGUGCCGCAUGCGCUCAGCAAAGGCAUCAUCUUGCGCCGUAUCUUCACCACCGCCUCCUACUGCAUGGUGCUGCGCAUGACGCUCACCCGACAGCUGCCCGGUUCCAUCCAGAUGUGGUAUGACACGCUGGCGCUGGUCAAUAAGAUAGAGGAGUUCUUGAUGAAGGAGGAGUACAGAGUUCUGGAGUACAACCUGACCACCACAGAACUCGAGCUGGUUAACGUCUCUGCAUCUUGGGAUGAGGGCAUUGGUGAGCUCUUUGAGAAGAUCAAACAGGAGAACAAAGCCAAUGGUCACGCCAACGGUGGCCUCUUUUUCACCAACCUUUAUGUGACACCUGUCCUUAAGAACAUCAGCCUCCACUUGGAGAAGGGAAAGAUGCUCGCAGUGGCAGGAUCCACAGGCUCGGGAAAGAGCUCUCUUCUCAUGUUGAUCCUGGGAGAGCUGGUGCCGUCCGAGGGGAAAAUCCGACACAGUGGUCGCAUCUCCUUCUCCUCGCAGACGUCAUGGAUCAUGCCGGGCACCAUACGGGACAACAUCCUGUUUGGACUCACCUACGAUGAGUACCGCUACACCUCAGUCAUCAAGGCCUGCCAGCUAGAGGAGGACUUUGCCUUGUUGCCUGAAAAGGACAAGACGCUCCUUGUUGAAGGAGGAGUGACGCUCAGUGGGGGUCAAAGGGCACGCCUCAGCUUGGCCAGGGCCGUGUACAAAGAUGCAGACCUCUACCUGCUAGAUGCACCUUUCACACACCUGGACAUUGUGACCGAAAAAGAAAUCUUUGAGAAGUGCGUGUGCAAGCUGAUGGCCUCCAAAACGCGCAUUGUGGUCACCAGCAAGUUGGAGCACCUCAAAAGGGCUGACAAGAUCCUCCUCCUCCACAACGGUGACUGUUACUUCUACGGAACCUUCUCCGAGCUUCAGGACCAGCGACCCGACUUCAGUUCGCUCCUGCUGGGAUUGGAAGCCUACGACAACAUCAACGCUGAACGACGCAGCUCCAUCCUCACCGAAACCCUUCGCAGGGUCUCCAUCGACGAGACAGCCGGCUUCCGAGGCCCUGAGUCCCUGCGGCAGUCCUUCCGCCAACCGCCGCCUCCGUUGAUCGUUAAUGGAUCGCAAGGACACUGCGGAGGCGAUAGCUACCCAGAAAAACGUAAGCAGUCCCUCAUUCUCAACCCGCUGGCUGCAGCACGCAAGUUCUCCUUCAUUGGGAACCCCCAGCAGAACCCAAACGGCACCCAAGCUGCCACCAUUGAGGAUAGUGUGCGGGAUCUGUCCGAGAGGAAGUUCUCCGUGGUACCCGAGGAUGACCAAGUGGAGGAGGUGCUCCCCAGAGGGAAUAUCUACCACCAUGGCUUGCCUCAUCUGAGCGGGCAGCGCCGGCAGUCGGUCCUGGCGUUCAUCACCAACGCUCCAGGCAACGAGCGCAGGGAACAGAUGCAGACGUCUUUCCGGAAAAAACUCUCAAUCUCACCGCAGUGCGACUUUGUGUCCGAGCUGGACAUCUACGCUCGCCGCCUGUCCAAGGACAGCGUUUAUGACAUCAGUGAGGAGGUGGAUGAAGAAGACAUGGAGCAAUGCUUUGCAGAUGAUCGCGAAAACGUGUUUGAAACGACCUCGUGGAGCACCUACCUGCGCUACAUCACCACCAACAGGAGUUUAGUCUACGUGCUCAUAUUUAUCUUCCUGGUUUUUGCCAUUGAGGUUGCAGGAUCAGUCGUUGGCAUCUUCCUCAUUACAGAUACCAUCUGGAGGGACAGCGCCAACCCGUCCUCCCCGAACUACAUCGACGAGCAGCACCCAAACGCCUCGUCGCCCCCCACGCACCUGGCGGUCAUCGUGACGCCGACCAGUGCCUACUACAUCAUCUACAUCUACGUGGCCACGUCGGAGAGCGUGCUGGCGUUGGGCUUCUUCCGAGGCCUGCCGCUAGUGCACACGCUGCUCACCGUGUCCAAGAGACUCCACGAGCAAAUGCUGAGCUCCGUGCUGCGGGCCCCCAUGGCGCUGCUAAACACUAUGAAGACAGGACGCAUCAUGAACAGAUUCACCAAGGAUAUGGCCACUAUUGACGACAUGCUGCCUCUGGUGCUCUUUGACCUCAUACAGCUGACACUCAUCGUCUUGGGCGCCAUCUUCACUGUGUCCAUCAUGAGGCCAUACAUUUUCAUCGCCGCCAUCCCGUUGGCCGUCAUCUUUGUCAUCCUCAGGAAGUACUUCCUACGAACGGGCCAGCAGCUCAAGCUAUUGGAGGCUGAAGCUCGCAGCCCCAUCUUCUCGCACCUCAUCAUCUCGCUGAAGGGUCUGUGGACUAUUCGGGCGUUCGGGCGUCAGACGUACUUUGAGAUGCUCUUUCACAAGGCCCUCAACACACACACGGCUGCCUGGUUCCACUACCUGGCCACCCUGCGGUGGUUCCUCUUCCGAUGUGACGUCAUCUUUGUGCUCUUCUUCACCGCGGCCGCCUUCAUCGCUGUGGGAACCAAUCAGGACAAACCGGGCGAGAUCGGCAUCAUUGUGGCGUUGGCCAUGCUCAUCCUGGGGACAUUCCAGUGGGCUGUCAUCACCAGCAUCACCGUGGAUGGCCUGAUGCGUUCGGUGGACCGAGUGUUCAAGUUCAUCGACCUUCCUUCAGAGGAGACAUCGUCGUGCAAUGGUGGAAAAGGAGGAGGUGACCUCGUCAUUGACAACCCCCACGCUCACGACUGUUGGCCCAACAGAGGUCAAAUGGACGUGAAGGGCCUCACUGUCAAGUACACGGAGGCCGGACGCUCCGUCCUCAGUGACAUCAGCUUUUCAGUGGACGGCGGGCAGAGUGUGGGCCUGCUGGGUCGCACUGGUUCAGGCAAGAGUACUCUGUUCUCAGCUCUGCUGCGUCUGGCCUCCACUGAUGGAGACAUCUGUGUGGAUGGCGUCUCGUGGAGCUCUGUUUCCCUGCACACAUGGAGGAAGGCCUUUGGAGUGGUGCCACAGAAAGUCUUCAUCCUCACUGGAACAUUUCGCAUGAACUUGGAUCCUCACGGACGCUACAGUGAUGAUGAGCUGUGGAGGGUCGCUGAGGAGGUGGGCCUGAAGUCGGUGAUUGAGCAGUUCCCGGACAAGUUGGACUUCCAGCUGGAAGAUGGCGGCAACGUUCUGAGUAACGGCCACAAGCAGCUGAUGUGUUUGGCUCGCUCCAUCCUCAGCAAGGCCCGUAUUCUCCUGCUGGACGAGCCCUCCGCCUACCUGGACCCCAUAACUCUGCAGGUUCUAAGGAAGACACUGAAGCAGGCCUUCUCAGCCUGCACCGUAAUCCUGUCGGAACAUCGAGUGGAACCUCUGCUGGAGUGUCAGUCAUUCCUGAUGAUCGAGGGGAGCUCCAUGAAGACAUACGAGUCCAUCCACAAGCUGCUGAAUGAGACCAGUCACCUGAAGCAGGCCAUGAGCCCCUCGGACCGCCUUCGCCUGGGACCCUCGCUACACCGCCUCAAUUCCAGCAAAAGGGCGGCGCCACAGAGCGCCAAGAUUUCCUCCCUGCCCGAGGAGGCCGAGGACGAUGUCCUGGACACACGACUGUAAAACACACACAUGAGGAGAGAGAAAAUAUACUUUUGCUGCAGGUUGUUGUAAAAGCCUGAUUUAAGAAGAUGAUGAUUUGGUCACACACACACACACACACACGACAUUGAAGCACUUUAGAGACACGCUGAGGUACUCAGUCGAUGAAGAUGAGUUGCAAAAGCCAGUAAUUCCUCCUUCAACUGGAAACAUUUGGUGACGUGUGAGGAACGCCGCUCCUUUGUAACGGAAUAAUACUACUUAGUUUUUGUCAAAGGUACCCGGAUGUGCAACUGUGAUGUUUUCAACCAACAACUGAACUGUUUGUUACAUCAUAGUAACAUAAAUGUAGAAAUGCUCAAUCAACUAUAUUUACAGAAAAAUGAACGAUUUUGACAAUU